CUUCUGCUGCUCUAUAAAAGAGACCCAGUGAAAGGACCCUACCGGCUUCGAGCUCUCAGCGUGGGCGAAGGUGUGCGAAGAAAAGAUCACUGGAGCAGAGCGCACCAGCUGUAGGGGCAAGGCCAGCAUGUCACCUAACUUCAAACUCCAAUAUCACUUCAUUCUGAUAUUCCUGACAGCUCUAAGGGGCGAGAGCCGCUACGUAGAGUCGCAAGAAGCUGCAGACUACGACCCUUUCCAGCUCUUCAGCGCCAACCUGAAACGGGACCUGGCUGGGGAGCAGCCAUACCGCCGAGCUCUGCGGUGCCUGGACAUGCUGAGUCUCCCUGGCCAGUUCACCUUCACCGCCGACCGGCCGCAGCUGCACUGUGCAGCCUUCUUCAUUGGCGAACCCGAGGAGUUCAUCAUCAUCCACUACGACCUAGUCUCCAUCGACUGCCAGGGCGGAGACUUCCUGAAGGUAUUUGAUGGUUGGAUCCUCAAGGGGGAGAAAUUCCCAAGUUCCCAGGAUCAUCCUCUCCCUACCAUGGAGCGGUACAUAGAUUUCUGUGAGAGUGGUCUUAGCAAAAGGAGCAUCAGAUCUUCCCAGAACGUGGCCAUGGUCUUCUUCAGGGUCCAUGAACCAGGAAAUGGAUUCACAUUAACCAUAAAGAUGGAGCCUAACCUCUUUCCUUGUAAUGUCAUCUCCCAGACCCCGAAUGGAAGGUUCACCCUGGUGGUUCCCCAGCAACACCGGAACUGCAGCUUUUCCAUUGUUUAUCCUGUGGCAAUCAAAAUCUCUGAUCUCACCCUGGGACAUUUGCAUGGUCUUCAGUUAAAGAAACCCUCAGCGGGUUGUGGGGGAAUCGGAGACUUUGUAGAACUGCUGGGAGGAACUGGACUGGACCCAUCCAAGAUGAUGCCUUUAGCUGACCUGUGCUACCCCUUUCAUGGCCCCGCCCAAAUGAAAAUUAGCUGUGAUAACACCGUGGUGCGCAUGGUCUCCAGUGGAAAACACAUUAACCGUGUGACAUUUGAAUAUCGUCAGCUGGAACCUUACGAGCUAGAAAACUCAGGCGGAAACAGCAUCCCAGAAUUCUGUUUGUCUAGUCUUUGAGCAACCAGUUCAAUGAUGCCGUGCUGCUAGCUGAGUGUGUUCUUAAUGGCUCUUGUGUAUGAUUUUCAUGAGUUAGUAAAAAAACCUUUCACAUUACUUUUAACUUUGCUUCCUUUUGUUUAAUGUAUUGAUGAAUGUGUGGUAGAAAAUAAAUUGUAAUUGGAAAUGCUUGAUGUUUUUGGUGUGCUACAAACAUGAAUCCAUAAAAGAGUAAAGCAAGGUGCAGAAAACAGUUGUCUCUCAAGGGAAAUUCUAUAGAGAAAGGGAAAUGGUGGCGCUCGUGGUUUUAUAACAGAAAAAUCUUCGAAGUCUUGUUCAUACCAAAGGAAUUGCAUUUAUUUUCAGUUCAUACUUCUGAUUACCAGUUGUAGCUGUUAUUUAUUAAUUUGUAAUACUUGUUUUUAACAACACUUUGUAGCAUGGGAAAAAACCCUUUCCACCCACAAAUCCAAAUGUAAAUAAAUAUACAUAGAAUG